UUAAUUUAAUAUAAUUACGUGUUUCAAAUUAUUUAUUUUCCAUUUAAAUCUUUUGUAAUUUGAAGGUGUUGUACAACUUGUGAUCUAUGAAGUGCCUAAAAAUCGGCUUCCACAAUCGACCUAUCGACUGUGGCAGUCGAUAAAAACAAAAAACAAUCCCGAAUCUUCGGAAUGCAGCAAAAGUGCGGGAAAUCUGCGGAAAUGCUGUAACUCGCAGACAAUUAGGGAAAGUUGCCAAGCUCCGCGAUCUUCAACUACCGAGGGAUUCCGUUUAAAGUGCUGCGGUCACACUACAUUCACCAUUUCUCUUUGUUUGCGGCGGCGGCGCUCGUUGAAACGGCCGUGCAAAACGAAUAAAAUUGCAGAAAAUGCGCUAGCCCCGUGCGGCAAUGUAAAUAAACAAGGCUCAGAUGAGCAGUAGCCGAUCAAGUGCGAUUAACCAGCAAAAUGCACGGAAAAAGCGAUAUUCAGUGACGAAAACAACAACUGCGUUCAUUGACGUGACGCGCGAGCGUGAGUGUGUGUGUUUGUGUGUGCUGGCUGCAUCCGUGUGUGCGUGUGAGUGAUUCCCAUGUGUGUGUUGUCAAAAAUGCGUUUUUAAAAACAAGCCAGCAACAAACAAAUCACCACAACACGUCACAAAUUGCAAUAGUAGAAGCAACAACACCUAAAAUCAAAAGCCCCCAACAACAACAUCUGUCGUGUUCUCAGAGUAUGAAAAAAGGAAAGAGAGAGGGGGCAAAAAGAAAGUCAACAGUCGCGUGUGAAAUGAAAUUAAAAAAAUGUCCGUGUGCUUGUGUGUUGAGUGUAUAGAAUUGAGUAAGAAGCAGCGCGGCAAAAGAAUAUAAGUAAUAGCAACAUCGAAAACGGAGCCAGCAACAACAAAAAAUAACCAAUGAAGCAAUAAAAUUUGGCAUAAUAUUGCAAUAGCCGACGUUUGUCUCUAAAACCCCCCAAAAACCACACAACACAAGAAGCACAAAUCUAUUGCCAAUGAGUCGCAGACAGUCAUUGGAUCGACCAGGAAUAUUGUCUCCUCCGGGUCCGUUUCUGACGCCCAGUCCAUCGCCAUCGAUCUCAGCUAGCCCUCGUCUGCAACCAUCGCCAUCGCUCUCGCCGUUCCCACAGGAUGUGGUGCUCGUAGCCGGUGGAAGUCAAGUAAACGCCAACAGCAAUCCCCAGGAACACGAGCGCAAGGCGGCGACGCCUGGCAGGAGACAGUCCAUCCACCAGUUCACCAAUGGCAGUCCCAACGCUGGAACCGUCGUCUUUCAGCCGAGCCCCUCACAAUCGCCGGCCGCUGCCACGACGGUCAUCGGCGUGACCAGUGGUGGCCUCAUAGCCACCGCCGCCGGAGGAACUGGAGUCGGCUUAAGUGCCGGAGUAGGAGCUGGGAGCAGUUCCGGAGUGGGAGUCGCCCUGCACAGCAAUGCCAUUGGGAAUGAGCUGAAUGCCACUCUGGUGGGGUCGAACAAUAUCCAGCUCAAUAAGAAGGGCACAAAGCGGGCCGCCCAGCAGCAGCAGCAACAACAGCAGCAACAGCUGGGUCACCAGAUCUUUAGCAGCGCCGUUGCACCCACCUCGAUCAGCAGUGCGACUGCGGUGGCAGCCGGCGGCGGAGGCUAUGGACAGUUCAAUGCCACUGUCAUCAGCACGCCCACCUCGUUCGCCACGGCCGGCAGUGUGGUCGGCAGCAGCGCCAAAGGUACGACGAAGGGCCAGAAGGGGCAGCAGCAACAGCAGUUCCAGCACUACCAGAGCAGCAGUCCCCUGAUAGCGGACAGUCCCAUCCCGAGUCCCAGCGGCGCCAUUGCAGCGGCUGCGAUUAAGCCUCCAACUCCGCAGCCACAACAAAUGCAGAUGCUGCCGCAGCAGUUCACCAUCUCGCAGCAGCCGCAGCAACAGCAGCAGGCACAGCAGGUCUUCCAGUUCAUCCAGGGACCGCAAGGCCAGCUUAUAGCGACCACUCCGCAGCAACAGCAGCAACAACAGCAGCAUCAACAGCAGGCACAGCCUCUCCAGCAGCAGCAGCAGCAUCGGUUCGUCAGCAAUGCGGCUGUCACGGGUAUCCCCACCGGCAAGACCGGCAAGGCACCGCAACAAAUCCUGCCCAAGCCGCAGCAGGAGAUGCAGCAGCAGAAGAAGGGUUCAACGGCCGGAGGAGCACAGAUCUCACAGUCGCCACAGCAAGCAGGCCAGUCCAACAAUCCCACCCAGCAACAACAGCAGCAGAUCCUGCUACCUGCCACCACCAAUCAGCCGCAGCAAUUGCUCCUCAACCAAAUGCCCGUGCUGGUGCAGCAGAAUCCGCAGGGCGUGCAGCUGAUCCUGCGUCCGCCCACGCCCCAGCUGACGACCGCACCCUCACUGGUCAUCCAGCAGAAUGCCCGGGGACAGCCACAACUACAGACGCAGCCGGCGCAGCAACAACUGCUGCGGAUAGUGGGCACCAAUGGAGCGACCAUGCAGCUGGCUGCCGCGCCCACCUUCAUUGUGUCCUCGCAGGCGAACCUAAUCCAUCAGACGGCGGCGGGUCAGUUCCAGAGCGCCAUCAAGUCUGGCACGCAGCUCACAGGCCUCCAUGCGGCACUAGCCCAGGCUCAGGCACAGGCACAGGCGCAGGCGCCACGAUCUCAGCCGUUUGCCACGACGGCCACGUUAAACACGCAGCUUCUCGGCCAGAGUGUGGCUGCACAACUGCAGAAUCUUCAACUGGCGGCGGCCCAAAUCCAAAUGCCCAAUGGCCUUACCGCCAUUUCCCAACUGCCAGCUCAUCUGCAGCAGAGUUUGGGUGGAGCCACCAUCAAUCUGAAUCAGCUCAAUGGGGCGCACAUCCAGCAGAUAGCCAACGCCUUUCAGACCCCACAGGCUCCAGGAACAAAUAGCGGAGGAGCUUCCAGCACGACGGAGCUCUUCACGCAAUCCUCGUCAGUCACCCCGGAGCCAUUACGUCAGCCCACGCCGGUGCCCUUGAUGCAGCAACAAGAAAGACAACAGCAAACGCAGCAUAUGAUUGGAAUGAAUCAUCAGCAACAGUCUAGCCUGGAGAUCCUACAGUUGCAACAGCAACAGGCCCAGAUCCAGCAGUUGCAGCAUCAACUGCAGCAAACGCAAUCCCAGGUUCAGCAAGCCCAGCAAUCUGUCCAGGCGACCACUGUCACUGAAACCAAGAAGAAGCCGCGACCCCGCAAGAAGAAGCAGCCGCCGGCACCAGUUCCCACUCCACCUGCAGCCGCUCCGACGGUUGUGCCCAUUGAGGUUAGGCCGCCAACUCCCCAGAAAGUAGCCAUAGCUGCCACGCCUACGCCACCACAGACUCUGCGCGUCAAGACGCCAUCGCCACCGCCAACCACCAUCCAGCGGAGUAGCAAUGGCAAGCUGGAUCUCGGCGAUGUGAUGAAGUUUUGCGGAAUUACCGGCGACGAUGACGACGACGAGGACUAUGGAAUGGGCCUGGAUUCUGGAUUAGCAUCAGAAUCAGAGCCAGCACAGGCAGCUCAAGCGACUGCUAGCGGAGCCGGGACGACGGGCAGCAGCAGCGGUGACAUCAUGAUCUCCAUACCGAACCAAAACGGCAGCGAUGGUCUGCCCUUCACCCUGACCAUUCCCGCUCCGCAGUCCCAACAACUACAGCCUUCCACGGCGUCCCAGGCGGCGGGAAACGAAUCAGCCACCGAAAUACCAAAUAUCCUCAUCAAGAUCGAUCCUAGUGCGGAGGCAGCAGUGCCGCCAUUUGGUCUAUCCACUCCUCGGUUGCCCACGGCAGAGGAAAUUCAGAAGCAAGCCCAGCAACAUCUGGCGCAACAGGCGGCAGCCGCUGCAGCGGCGGCUAAGGCGACCACUACUGCCACUCCCACCAUAAACAUCAGUCUACCCAGCAUGACGCUGCAGCCGCAGGUAACGCCGGCACCCAUUGUCACAUCGACUCCGCCAGUCAACUCCAACCCGGUGUCCACCACGGCGGCAGUAAGACCUAGAAGGAAGCCGGCGGUGCGGAGGAAUGCCAAGAAACCGGAAGUAGUAACUAGCAGCGGCAGCACCUUGAUCUCCUCAAGCAGCGGCACUACCACCACCAUCAGCAGCAGCACUAGUACCAUCCUAAACAGCAGCCAGCCCACCACUGUGAACACCAUCACGCUGACCACUCCCUCGCCAGUGUCGACCAGUAGCAAUCCCACGCUGAUGCUGACGCACGGCACUUCGACGGCAGUGCCAAGUCAGAUUGGCAACAUUCAGAUCUCACAGGUGCAUAAUCAUCACCAGUCCACCAUGCCAGUAAGCAGUGCGGUGGAGAACAAGAUCCAGAUUAUGCCGAUCCUGCCGCCGGGAGCUACAGUGAUGGGUGGAACGCCGGGAGCUGGAAGUCAUGCACCUGCUGGCCAAUCAACCCAGUUGGUCUUUCAGCCAACGGUGCCAUCGGUGGCGCCUACGAUCAGCACGGAAUCCACUGGGUUUAAGCUGUCUAGUGAUGGACGCCAGAUGCAACUGGUGGCCAUACCACAAGCCACUCCUCCGCCGCCUACAGCUAGUGCAUCCCAACCAUCGGUGUCAACGCCGACGCCUGCUUUAACCGCCGGAGGAGCUACGAUUCUGCCACCUCAGUUAACUGGAAUGCCUGCCAAUGUAUCGGUUUCAGUGGGAUCUCCUGCCUCGGCUGCGGCCCUGGUGCCUCAGCUCACUGGGAGUCUCACGCUCACCGUGUCGGAGCAAUGCGAGCGGUUGAUCCUGCGGCAUGAUCCCAAUAAUCCCCAGGAUCAUCAGUCGCAGCUCAUUCUGCAGGCUCUGCUCAAAGGUGCCCUGCCCAAUGUGACCAUCAUCAAUGAGCCGACGCGAGUGGAUCCCAAUAAGCCAAGCCCAACGCCAAUGCUGCAGCCGCAACAACAGGUUAUCCAAAUCCCCCAGCCACUGGCUCCACCUCAGCCAAUCCUGCAGCAGCAACAGUCGCUAGCCAAGGUUUCAACAGCUCCCAAAAUAGAAGUUAAAAUGACCAACAAUAGGAAAUUAUCGGGCCAGGGAGCACAUCCCGCCAGCAGUAUGCUGGGUAUGACCAGCACUACAACGACCAUGUCGACGAUGAAGCCACCGGCCACAAUACCCGCCAAACCUAACGAAGUGCUAUCGUUUCCGCAGCUGCCACUCAACUCACAGGUUCUCAUCCAGCAGCAGCCAAUGAUCCCUGCGCAAUUGCAGCCCCAAAUGCAACCCGUCACUGUGCCCGUGACCCUGCCCACUCAACCUGCAACUAUCUCCGUUCCGAUUCCAUCUCCGGCGCCAGCUCCACAACUGGCCAACAAUGGACAGCAGCGGUACAUUGCCCUGCCGCCGAUCGAUCCCAGCACGCAGCAGUUGUUCUGUCUUAACAGUGUGACCAAUCAGAUCACGGCCAUGAGCGCAGGUCAAACGGCGGCUUCGAUUGGACCCACGGAGCGAUUGCUCAUUGCUCCGGCUGGAAUCAAUGCCCAGCAACUGGCCCAAUGCCUGCAGUUGGGACAACUCCAUUUUAACGAUGUGAAUCCACUGCCCGCACAGCAACAACAGCAACCGCAUCCGCCGGCCUCGUCUUCUAUGACACUUUCUAUGCCACUGCGACCUCAGCCACCGCAGCAGCAGAUCGUGCAUCCCAUCCAGCCCGUCACCAAUGGAUUGGCCAUUACCACAACGGCCAGUAGCACAUUGACCACCACCACUAGCACCACCUCCUCAACCACGACGGUGACCAAGCAGGUGGCCAAUGUGGCGCCGAUAAUAGAUCAAAGCAAAGCGAAACUGGAGCCGGCUAAGGCAGCCACCAGUGGAGCCGGUGGAGGGGCGGUGGUCAAGAAGAAGCCGGUGAGGAAACCGAAGGCGACGCCAACCAAUGCCUCAGAGUUGGCCAAUCUCAAGAACGCAGGCGUGGUUAAGCCGAUGCCAAAGUUGGAUCCCCUCUCGCAGAAGCCCAACAAUAACCCGGUGCAGAUUGUGCAACCGAAUGUGGCCAGUGGCAAGCAGAUGAUUGUAGUGGGCAGCUCUAGUUGCACAACAACCACCACGACAACAAUGAGCGCCAGCAUCCAGCCCUUCCAGACGACCAGUGGCACCAAAUUGGUGGGUGUAACUGUCCCCAUGCAACAGCAACAACCGACGGGCACGGCAGCGAUAUUGCAACAACAGCAGCAACAAAGGACGAGCUUUAGUUUAACGGCCACCACAGUGGCUACUCCUGCGCCAAUGCCAUCGCCAUCUGUUACUCCUGGGGUCAGUCAAAUCCAAAUGCAGCAGCUGCCACCCCAACAAGUGCAGCAACAGCAGCAGUUGCAGCCACAGCAGCAACAACAGUUGCAGGCUCCCAAACCACAGCAACCGCAACCGAACACUGUGUCGCGGGUGCAGACCAUCCAACUAACGCCCCAGAUGCAACAGGUCUUCAAGCAGGUGCAAAUGCAGAUCCAGUUCCUCACAAUCAAGUUGCAGAACAAGACAGCCUUCCUGCCAGUCUCCCCGGAAAUUGAUCCGGCGACAAUUGCCGCCUACAACAAACCGAUGACCGAUGUGGAGAUAAAUCUGGCACUGCAGCGGCUCUUUGCAGAGCAGCACCGUAUUCUAGCCUCUGGCAAGGAGGUUCCCACUCCAGAGGGUAUGUUGCCCACGGCAAAUGGUAAUGGAGGCUUUAGCCUAAUGGCUCAGCCAGUGCAGCACCAACAACAACAGUUGCAGGCGACGGCCCCUGAGCCACUGAAGACAAUCGUACCCGCUAAUGUGGUGCAGCCCAACAAUCACUCUUCAACCUCAGCAUCAGGAGCAACAACUGUAGUGGCGGCGGCGCCUAACGCCCAGCAGAAUAUAACACAGAGAAUACACAUAUAUCCCAUGCAACACCAACAACAGCAGCAGCAGCAAGCAGGCAACAAACUAAAACAGGCGCAAGCAAAACCACAACAGGAACAACAGCAAACGCAGCUUCUAAUAAAACCCAAAGAGCCGGCUAACAGGAACAAAGCAAACAAUCAACAGCUGCAGCAAAACCCACAACAAUUGCAACAACAGCCAACCAAUGGAAGCAUCAAUAUGUUACCACAAAAAGUAAAUAUGCUGCCAAUUGUCCAGCAGCAACAACAGCAGCAACACCAACAACCACAACAGCAGCAGCAGCCAUUGCUUAACAAAAGCGGACCACCACCACUGAUCUUCGCCAGCUCCACAAAUCUGAUCAACACCAGCAUGAGUAGUAACACUCUUACUAGCAACUCUGUGAUGCAAGUGAACAACAUGUUGCCGAUGCCACCCUUGCAGCCACAACAGCAGCAACCGCACCAGCAAUUACAGCAGCAACCGACACCAAUACUGCCACCAGUACCUUCUGCAAUGGGAGUAGGAGUUGGAGUGGUGCCAGGACCGAUUGGAACCCUAGUGCCAACACUACCGACCAUUCCCAGCCUGCCCCUUUAUUUGCCGAACAAAAUGGAUGAAAUGCCAACGCAGAAACCGAAAAUUGCACGCCUCUCCUUAUUCGUCCGCCAACUCGAGGUCGACCAGGAAAGCUGUCUGAAGCCAGACUACGUAAAGCCCUUCCGCACCAAGGAUGAGGCGGUUAAAAGGCUAAUCAGGUACCAUUGCAUGCACGAAAACGAUGUGGACUUGCCCUCUGAUGAAGAUGAGGAGUUUGAAUCCACCGCUUUGGGUUUCCAGGACAAGUUCCGUCAGUUGAAUGGCAAGUUCCAGGAAAUACUGAUGCAGGAGUCAACGCUCCCACAUCGCACCUCAGAGUUACUUCAAAUGCAACAGCUGAUGAUCGACGACCUCAAAGGUGAAAUUAACGACAUUCGCACCGCUGAAAAGGAGUUGGAACAGCAGCUGAAGGAGGAGCACAAUUGCGAGAAACCAACACUGGAAAGCGAUCAUCAGCCAGAGACCAAAGUGAAGGAGGAGAUUAAACAGGAACCUGUUGACAAGUCAGGUCAAUCAGCGGACGUGGUGGACACGUUUGAUUUACUGAAAAAAAGCGCUGAUGUGAACAAAGCGUUCAGUAAGACACAGCCCCAGCAACAAUCUGCAGUAAAGCAAGAGGAAAACAACGAAGUGUGUGAACCUUCAGUAAAUGGAUCUGUUAAAAGCGAGGGCCAGGACAAAGAGUCCUCGAAAUAUAUCAAAAAGGACUACGACAAUUUCGAUAUCGAGUCUGAGCUUACCACCAGCUUCAUCAUGAAGAAGGUGGAGCACAAAGCGGCGUUGGCUAAAAGCGUCGAGAGUUGCUACCAAGAUAGAAAUUUGAUGGAUCAACAACAGCAGCAGCAACAUAUCAAAGGCAACGGAGUGGAUCCUGUUGAUCAGGAUGAUGGGUGGUAUUGCCUGCAAAAGGAGCUUAAUCUCAUGAAUAAUGAUCCUAUGCAGCAGCCGCAACCACAGCUUAACGGCAACCCGCAGCAUCUAUCUAUCAAUCGCCAGUCCUCGCAACAGCAGUCCCACUUCCUGGACAACUCCAACUCAAACAACAUGAUGACCAAUAGCAAUCACAUAGCGGACCUGUUCCCCAACGGAUGCAUUGACAAGAGCAACCAGAGCACAACCAGCAGCAGCAACAGCAGCUGCGUCAGCGAAAACCAUACUGGUUCUAAUCCCGUCAAGACUGUGUCCUCAUGCAGCGGCCAACGCGAACAGCCGGUGGUCCUAGAUGCGGAACAGCAAAACGAGCAUCCUGCCAUUAGUGAGUUCUUCAGUAGCGUCUCGGAUGUGCAAAAGUCCGUGGAGACACGACUGGAGGCCAUGUUCGGGGAGUCACCCGUUCACCUAGACGUGAAAAGCAGCAGCGAUGCCCACGACAUUGAGUCCAACCUGGACGAGAUUUUUGGCGAUUCGAAAUCGCCGGUAGCCAACCACAAGAGUAAAAUGAACAUGUGGGUGCCAGAUGCCACAUUUAUGCACCAGGCACCACAACAACAGGCACCGCAACAGCAGCAGCAAUAUGCGGGUCCGCAGCAAACAUCACAGCAGCAGCAUCACAUUGAACUGAACUGCAACAACAAUCCUCGCUGGAUGCAGAGCAUGGAGGCGCACUACAGCGACUUCCUUUCCAGCGGAACCAGCAAUGGCGAUCUGGUGAACGGAGGAGAGUCGCGGAAACGGAGUUGGGAUAGCCAACUGAUGGGUUCUGGCAGCGAUAUGGAAGAUGACAACAGCAGUAAACGGCUAUGCACGGCUUCCUCAUCAUCCUCCUCAUCGCCCAUGUCGUCGCAGCAGCAACAGCAUGCCCAGGUGCCUCAGCAUGGUCUCUUAGAUCCGGAUAUGCUGCCCUCAGGAUUCCCCCAAAUGCUGAUGGAGCAGCAGCAACAACAGCAGGCACAGCAGCAACACAACUUUGCCUAUUCCAAUAUAAUGGACCAGCAGCAGCAGCAACAGCAACACUUUCAGCAUAGUCUGCAGCAGCAGAUACAACACCAGCAACAGAUGCAUGUUAGCCACAUGGGCGGAGCACCAGUGGUGGCCGGCGGCGAGUACGAUGAUGACAUCAGUCGACAUGUGGCCAGCGCCAUCGAUAGUAUCCUGAACCUGCAGAAUAGCGGCGACUCGCUGCAGUUCUCCCUGGGCUCGAUCCUCGGGGACAGCAUGCUAGACGAUCAGCGGCAGGCGGGCGGAAAUUUGCCCAGCUGCCAGCAGGAGCAGGUCAUUCAGAGACGACGCCAGUUGGGUGAAGAGAUGAACGACUGUCUGAUAAGUGGCGGAGGAUCCGCUGUUAGUGGAGUGGCGGACAAUAGCAGCAAUAUCCUGCUGGAGCACCACCACCAACAGCAUCAAAUGAUGCAGAGUCAUCAGCAACAGCCACACCUGCAGCACCAUCAUCACCAGAACAUGGCGCAGACCCAGGCGCAACAUUUAGGACAGCUGAACGACUUUGCCUGCGUGGCAGGCGGCUUGGACGAUCCAGUCAAGUCGAUUAUGACCUCCUGACUUGGAGCCCCAGCGACAUCCGCAGCGGAAAAUGCCUCAAACAGUCUGAUACUAGAGUUUAAUGCCACCACCUUGUGAAAAACGUUUGAUAAUAAUGACUUCCUGAUUGUAUAGAUACCCGUCUUAGUUGUCCUUGGUUAUUGUUUUUACCCCGAGUACAACCUUUUAUUAGACCUAAGUUGAGACCUUAGUAUAAAUUGUUUUUACUUAUUGUUUGUAUUGUUUAGUCCAAUGUUUUGUACAAUAUUUGAAAAACCCUCAGAUUACUAAUUACAUAAUACAAGGGAAAGGGAAAGAGAGAUGGAUAAAACUAAAGGCAUCAAUAAUAAGACAAAGCCCCAAUAAAGCCAAGAAAGCAAUUGACGUGGUGAAUUGAAAACUAAACGACGAAUAGCAUCAAAUGCUUCUCACAGAGGUACACUAAAUGGAACUUAAUCUAAUAAUUAUAUAGCUACAAUAACUAAGAGAAAGCCCCUAGACAAUUUAUUCAAAUGAAACCAAGAAAAGUACGUAAGAAAAUCAAGAGAAUGAUAAGAGAAACACGCGCAAAAAAUAAGGAAACAAAACGAAUUGGUUGUAUAAUUCAUAAUUAAGUUACAUGAAGCAAUUCUGAGAAACAAUUAAAACCACGUUGCCAAUUUUGUUGUCGUUGGAAUAUCAGACAGAGCAAUUUAUCCGCAUCCAAUCAAUUUUUAGAACCCCAGAUACAAUAUUUUUAUUUACGCAUUACGUUGCGAAAGAGUUUGUAAAUAGUUAGAGCAUGCUGCAGUUUCAUUCGCGCCCAGGAACUGUCUAACAAGAUUAUAAUAUAUAGCUAAGCAUUUUUAAAGAAGAGAUAUAAUUUAAAGCGCUUUACGUACGACUGCUUCUGAUAUUACAGACAAACAAAACAACCUAUUGACGUGCUCAAUUCGAGAGUAAAAAUAUUUCGGCAUAGCUACGGGUGUCAUUGGAAAGCAAAUGCAAAGAUCUUAGGGAUUAACGAGUACCAACUAUGGCAAACUACGAAGCAAACCAAAAGCAGUUCAAAAAUCACAAUUUUAGCCAAUUUAGUUUAAACAUUUAUAAAUUAUUGAAUCUAAUGUAAUAUCUUAUACACUUAAACCGAUCGAUUGAAACGAGAAGCAGAUGGGAACCACAGGAAAACAAAAAAACAACAAAUUAACGAAUCGUAUCAAUUGUAUCUUGAUCUUGCGACAAAUCUGACUUGUGAUUUGUGCCACGUUUUAAAUAUAGAUGUCUGAUUAGCUUGUAAACAUACAUAAUAAAUACGAUUAAAGUCUAUACAAAAACCCACACUCAGUAAGCUACUACGAAGUUUAUCCAAAACGAAUCGCCAGUCGCGAAACCAAUUGUAAAUGUUUGGCGUGGGAAGGGCGGGCGCCACGCAUCAAUUACAUACCAAUUACAAUACUAACUACUACUUUAAUACCACCACUAACACACCUACUACGAUACGUACUACCAUGGACGGAAUGCUUGUAUUACGUGUAGUCUGUAAGGAAACUUCAAGAGGUACCAUAUUUUAAGAUGUGCUUCGUUUAUUCAGGCCACCCAUCCAUGACCCCUGAACCUGAACCCAUCAUCAUCCCCUCAAAACAAAACUCCCACCUGUCCAGCGUCCCGUCUGAGUUGCAUGAUCUUGUAUUUCUAUUUUGAAACUUUCUAGUUAUUAUUCAAAGACAAAUAACUUUCGUGUAAAAAUGUAUAUGUAAUAGCAUAAUUUAAGUUGGCAACCCAAAACUGAAUAAAUUUAAAUCUAUUGAUAGAUUAUUAAUAAGAAUUGUUUUAUGUUGUAUUUAGAACAAAAUCAAACUCAGAACUCAAAUCGGUCGCCCCCCCCGCAACCACCUUUCCACAACAACAAAGCGCAGUGUCGUCACUUGAAUUGUUCAGCUAAAUGUGUCUAAAUGUAAUUUAACAUAAAGAGAAAACUAAAGAUUUUUAAACAAACAAUGUGAGUUUUAAUUAAACAUCAUCAGCAUAGGGAGAGAGAGACAGCAAAGCAAAGGAAACAACUUUAAUAUUUGAUAGUUUAUUAAGCCCAUCCAUUCAUAGUCGUCAUAAACAUUAAGUACAUAAAACAAAACAAACAAAAGAUUCAAUAUAAAUCUCACUGAAACGCAACAAACCGAAAACCCAACUGAAAACGGAAACUAAAUAAAAGGAAAUGCAAUCAAAGUUCA